AUGCUGUCUAGCAAAGCCAUUGUCGUCUCGCUCCUAGCAGCAGGAGCGCAAGCCGCUGGGCUGGCUCCUCGCCAAGCGGGAAGCACCAUCACCGUUGACUUGACCAAGACAUAUCAGACCAUGGACGGCUUCGGCUUCUCGACGGCUUUCCAGCGUGCCAAUCUCAUCACUAAUAUGUCCGAUAAGUCGAAGCAGAGACAGCUGCUGGAUCUUCUAUUCAACACAACUUCCGGGGCAGGUUUCACCAUCAUCCGGACGGGAAUUGGCUCGAGCCCGGACAGCAGAUCCGACCACAUGAACACAUUCGCCCCAACAAAUCCCGGUGGUCCGAACGCAGCUCCAAAGUACCAGUGGGAUGGAAAGGAUAGCGGGCAGUUGUGGGUUGCGCAGGAGGCGGUGAAGACAUAUGGUGUCAAGACCUUUUAUGCGGAUGCGUGGAGUGCGCCAGGUUAUAUGAAGACCAACAACAAUGAGAACAACGGCGGAACUCUCUGCGGCGUGCCGGGUGCCACUUGCUCGAGCGGCGACUGGAGGCAGGCUUAUGCUAACUACCUCCUCGCCUAUGUUGACUUCUACGCGCAAGCAGGCGUCAAUAUCAGCCAUUUGGGAUUCUUGAACGAGCCAGAAUUUGCUGCAAGCUAUGCAUCUAUGUCAUCGAACGGGAACCAAGCGGCCGACUUCAUCAAAAUCCUCUCAGAAACUAUCAAAAACAGCAGCUACGCCGAUCAGGUCGGCAUAGCGUGCUGCGACUCCGAAGGCUGGGGCAAUCAAGUGAAUAUGGUCAACAACAUUAAAUCAGCGGGCGCAGAGAGCAUGCUAAAAGCGGUGACCUCCCACACGUACACCGGCGGCGCAUCAGGGACGAUGAACACCAAGGUUCCAGUCUGGUUAUCGGAGCAAUGUGACCUAAAUGGCGGCUGGACGACCUCGUGGUACUCGAACGGCGGUGCCGGCGAGGGGCUGACAUGGGCAAACAAUAUCUACAACGCUGUCGUCAACAACGGCAUCUCCGGCUAUCUUUACUGGGAAGGUGUCCAGUGGCCGAACCCCAACACAAAUGAGAAGAUCAUCAAGGUGGAUAACUCGACGAAUACGUACGAGGUUGCCCGCCGGCUGUGGGCCUUCGCCAACUGGUCGCGGUAUGUCCGCCCAGGGGCGGUCCGUGUAGGUAGUUCUGGUGGGAGCGGCGUCAAGUCAGCAGCUUUUAAGAACACCGAUGGCACUGUAGCUGUCGUGGUGAUCAGCACAGGCGGUUCGGCAUCGACUGUGAAUGUCAAGGUCACUGGCGCGACGCCGACAGAUGUGGCGGCAUAUGUUAGCGAUGGAAGCCACAACUGUGAAAAAACGACAGUGACGGUCGGCAGCGAUGGUAGCAUCGCAGGAAGUGUACCCGCGCGGGCGAUUGUUACGUUUGUCAUACCACCGGCGGCGAGCAGUGAUUAA